GUCUGGCCAUGAGUAUGGCAGGGUGCUGCUGGCUGGGAACAGGAUGCUGUCAGGCCGAGGAGACGCAUCAAUCUAACGGGGAGAAACCGCAGCAGCAUCCUUUGUUUUCUGGAGCUGGAGACCCAGCUGUGAAACCCACUGACAACCUGCAGGACCUGGAGGAGAAGGGGGAGGAGCCGAGCUCCAACAGCCAAUAGCUGAAGCUGAGAAGCAGCCAAUGGGACAGCUCCAAACAGAUAUUGUGGCGAGCGUGGAGAGGGUGGCGAGGCAUUUCUAUCCUCCGUUCUCUGGUUUUCCUUGGGCCCUGUGAGAGCACUGAGACACUCUCAUCACUCUUUGUCCUCCUCUCUGUCACUGUCCUCUCUCCUUCUAUCCAUCUCUCUGUCCGUCAGCGGGUCCUGAGCAGCACACAGUAAAGACUCUGUGAGGUACUCAGGCAAUGCAGAAGUAUAUCUGAACCCAGUGUUCAGCCCCCCCCAGCCCAGAGUCUGGCCCGGUGCCACAGGGUCCAUCAGGUGAUGAGGAGGGCCAGGGGGCUCAUCUCUUUCUAGACUUUCUCUUCUCAACCUUGUGUCUUCAUGUAUUGGGGGUCCUCCGGUGCCCCCGCCCUCUGUCGACCUCCCCGCACCUGCUGCCACCACGGCCGGCCACCCCAGUCGCCUCGUUGCCAUGCCGACAGAGACACUGGCUCCAGCCCUGCCAGAUAGCAAGGCCGCUGGCCCCGCAACGCCCUUCAGUUCCACCGUACCCCUCCGCAUCCUCAAUAAGGGCCCGGACUACUUCAGGAGACAGGUGGACACUAACCCAAAGCGUCUCAGUGCUGUGGAGAGACUGGAAGCUGACAAGGCAAAGUAUGUCAAGAGCCAGGAAGUUAUCAACGCCAAGCAGGAGCCAAUCAAACCACCUGUGCUGGCUAAGCCUCCCGUCGGUCACACCCUCCUAUCCAAAAGGGGCUCUGGGAUUGGUGGAGGCGGAAAUGGUGGCGGGAUACCUUUCAAAGCAUCCAAUAACAACGCUAAGUCAGACACAUGUGCAGGCAGCAGCAAACGAGAGAAUUUAAACCUGGAGAUCCUUAAAAAUCUGCUAAACUCAUCGUCAUCUUCAGGAGCAACGUCCGAAGGACGAGGGGGCGGAGCUAAGAGUGCUGUGUUGAUGAGGUCAGCAGGGGGAAUGGCCAGAAGUUGGACACCAUCAGGGAUGCCGUUGACCUACCGAUCCACCAUGGCGCUGAAUGAGCAGCCCCCGGACUCAGCCCCCAGCCCCAGCACCUCACACUCCCUGCGCUCCUUCUCCCAUUCUCUGAAGGUCCUUCCGCUGAACAGCGGGGGGCGUCGCAGUCCACUACAGGGUGGAAACCUCAACCUUAGCAGACGAGGUGAAGGAGUCAUCGAUCGCUCUCGCUCCCCCCUCCCCCCCCUCCUCACCUCCCACUCCUCCUCUGACCUCCUGCGACUGUGCAAUGGAAAACCCCUGCGCACGGCCCGGUCCAGCAGCUCAUCGGCUCCACCCCUCCCUCCCAAACCCAACCCCGCCUCCCUCCCACCUCCCGCACUAUCCUUUUCGUUGCCCCCCGCUCGUCCAACUCCAUCCCCUUCGCUCUGUGACAACAGCACCCCACAGUCACUCCCUUGUGAUUUGGGAGACCCUUCAAAUACUUCAACAGAUGCCAACCUGGAGCUUGGUUCCUCGGUGGUCCGUCGCUCUUCGCUGCACAGAUCUAAGUCAGACCUGUCAGACCGCUACGCCCGAGCCGGAGCUGACGUGGAGCGCUUUUUUAACUACUGCGGCCUUGACCCAGAGGAGCUGGAGGCAGUGGGUCCAGAGAACUUUGCUCGGGCCAACUCGGACAUCGUCAGCCUGAACUUUCGAUCAGCUUCUAUGAUCUCCUCGGACUGCGACCGGUCGCGGCGAUCUUCCAACGACGGGCUGUCAGACGCGGCUGAGGAAGAGGAAGAGGAGGCCGGGGAGCGUGUUCCAUAUGGCAUCUCGGCUGUGGAGCGAAACGCUCGAGUCAUUAAGUGGCUAUACAGCAUCAAGCAGGCAAGAGAGACACAGAAAGUCUCCCAUGUUUAGGACAAGCAGUACAGUGGAGUGGAUGUACUUUAACCUACAGACUCAUGUGUCAGAAUGUAUACAUGGACCAGAAGUUCUAACAGGUUUAGAGACUGUGAUCUUGGCGCCGAACUGAACAUUUGUCAAAGUGUUUGGAUGGAUGAAUAGAUGGAAAAGAAGACCCACAGGUGUAACAAGCUUGGUAAGAAAACAGAAAACAUUUUGUUCGGAAAUUAAUGAGGAGAUGAGGAAAAGGACGCUAUUCUAGAUCAACAGGAUCUCUAUGAAACACAAGGAAUACAACUUGGACAGUUAUAUGAAUGACUGAAUAUGGAAAAAGGUUCAGUCCCUUUGAGACAAACAAACACAGGACAUGUCUGAAAAGAAACUAGUUAAUAAACUGUUUCUCUAUGGACACUGAUAAUCCGACAGACAAGUCUGUCAGUCUGCUUGAGCAACAAGAGCAAAAUGCACUGCGAUUAUCCAAGGACCCUUAAAGUGACCGCCGCACUACAGAGGAGUAUAGGCCUUUCUCACAGAGGAGAUUUUGGAAGUGGAAUUAUUUUUCUAACAUAACGUCACUCAGCAAUCUCUGCCCUCAGAAGUGUGUGUCCUGUCUAAUCGCCAUGGCCGUGUAGACACACAGUAGAGAUGUACUGAGGUACCACACGUAUGUCUCUUGAUUAGUGUGGAUUGAUAGAUGGGAUCAAAUGGAUGUAUGUCCCAUCCAAGGUACAGACAUCAAAAGCACUUAUAAAUCAGACUGAUCAGCAUUUUUGUUGCUGUUGUUAGGGCUGUUGCCUUCCUUAAAAGUUUAAGAAUAUCACAUCAUUUGUUUGAAUUAAUUUAGUUUUUCUUGUAGAAUUCUGUUCAUCUGCAGUGCCUCUAUGGCCUCACUGAGUGGCAAGCUAGCAGGUAACAAGCUAGCGGGUGACAAGCUAACAGUGGACAAGCUAGCAGGAGAGAAUUUGUUGUUGUGUUACAGACACUCAAACAGCUUUACUUUUCUCCACAUGUGUCAUGUAUAUGGUUGUGUCAACAGCUUCCCAUUACUUCCCACAGUGUGAUGAGGCUGUGGCGCAGUGGGCUAGUGCGUUGGUGUUCGGAUCAGGGGAGCACAGAUUCAAACCCCACUGCAGUCAGCAUGUCGUUGUGUCCCUGAGACACUUCACCCCAAAUUGCUCCUGUGGGGAUUGCCCACAGUAUUGAGUAUGUAAGUCGCUUUGGAUAAAAGCGUCUAAUAAGUGACAUGUAAUGUAAUGAUGAGAUACCUCUGUUCAGCAUAGCUCACUGGCAAAGAGAAAACAAUAGUAGUCGUAUUCACUGCUGUGUCAGUGUUAUAGUCAGAGUGCUAACUAACAAACCAUUACGAUUAUUACUUCCACCUGUGCUUUUCCUGCAAUGACAAGUCACAUGUCCACUCUGAGAAAGGCCUGUUUCACAGUGUUGAGGUCUCCGUUUAAAGAAACUUUGAAAAGGGUCCUGACAUCUUGGCAAAACAGACAUUGAACUCUAUCUGUCAAAAGUGAGAUAUCACUUUGGAAAGUCAGUGAUGCUGGUACACUGUUUGACCAUUAUGAAGUCAGGUCAGAUAUCUGUUUGAGGUGACUGUUAAAUGAACACUUCAACACUAACUUAAUGGGUCACAAAGACUAUUAGUUAAUCGAGUUGUUAACUAUGACAUUUCAAAAUGCUGAGAAACUAAUGAAACACAAAUGGCCGUAAACUGGCUUCAGCUCUUGUUAAGCUAGAUAUGUGAAUGAGAGAUAAAGGGUUUGAAGUGUGUGAUGAAUGAUUGAUGAAGGAAACAGAGGACAUUGAAUGACCCACAGAAUAAAAUUAUAAUCACUAAAGCAUACUUAUCUGUACAGCAUUAAGGCUACACCAAUAUACAUACUGUACUCUAUGCUGAUGAUUAUUAACAAAUAGUCAUCAACCUGUUUCACAUUUCACUGGAGAGUUUUAGUGUCCUGUGAUGGACCAUUCAGAGGCUGUUCCUCCUGCCAAUUAGAAUUCAAAACAUGAAUACAUGAAUUUGAAGAGAUUGUAUCUCAUGAUGCCUCUGUAUUUUUUUUGUGAAGUUCAAAUGAACUAUGGGGCGUGUACGCUUUAAUAUGGUUUUGACUUGUGUGAACUGCAGCAUGCUUUUGCUGUAGUCCAAAUGUACUUCCAAUUGUAGGUUAUUCUGAUGAUGCAGGAUGACAUCACCAAAGCUGUCCAAUGAAUGAUCCAAUAAUCAUAUUCCUCCUUUUAGUUAAUGGCAAGGUCAAAACAUUAAACUAUGCAGUGGCCUAAACAAUCAAACCUGUACUUGUAUUACAUAUGUAAUCACUUCUUCACUUGUUACUCAGUGAAGUGUCUUACAUACCUUCACAUGCUUAUCUGUGGAAUAAUUCAAAAGAACCUGAAGCCCCUGAGUACGUCACACAAUCCACAACUUUAGAAACCACAGAAUUUGCCUCUAAGAUCCUCUAAACUCAUUCGUAAUCUUGGAUUAAAUAGAUAACACCUCAAGCAUUUCCCAGCUGUAAUAUCCUUUAUAUAUACAGUCUAUGGUAAUAUCGCAAGACACCAAAACCCUCCUUUCAAAACAAUGGUAUCUGUGAUUAUGUAGAGCCCCAUGCAUUAUACAUACACUGAAAGCAAUACUAUCGAACUUCUCUGUUAACUAUUACAGGACAUGUUACAGUACAGUAGAGUAUAAGAAGGUCAAAGGGCAAUUGUGGUAAUUUCAUGGGUGUUCUUUCCAAAUGACACUUCAGAUGUUGGCUCUUUAUAGACACGUAAAUGCAUCCUACAACAACAUACACAGAAGGAACUCCAGCAAUGCUUCUGUAUUAAGUUUUAGAAGAGUUGAGUUUAUGAUGCUGUGCUUUGUCUCUCUCAGGCUCUGUCUCUGGGUCCUCAAAGCCAGCCACAGGAAGGAACCUGUAGCUUUACCUUGUGUGUUAGCUGAUAAUGAAGGAUGGAUGGAUUACGCAGUUUACCUCCACCCUCCACUUUGUCACCUGUCUACAUGUCUGCAUGUUGCCGGCAUGUCUCUAGGCCUGAAGCCAUAUUGGUGUGAAUGCAGCGCCUCAGUCAGUGUCUACCUACUGUUAGUGUGUCUGUCUGCCCCCCCCCCCCUUCAGUCUGUCAACAGCUACAACCAGCUGGGCUUCACUUCCAACAAAACACUACCCCGUCCCCGGCGGUAUCGGUGGUAUGGAUGCAUCAACAUCUGAGGUUUGCUGGAUAUAAACAAAUGGCAAAAUAGUGUGUGGCACAGGGCUGAUGGAUAGUUGCUCGCCGCUAAGCUAAACUGUUGUAACUCAAAUGCUACUUUUAUCAAAUUGUGCAUUUUGGCCACAACUUCACUACUCGAGGUACAUUAAACCACCUUUAGGACAUGAAUUGGGCCAAUUAUGAUACAGUAUAGCAACACGGAUGAAGAACAGAUGUGGUAAAUGAUAGUGUACUAAGUGACAUCUGGAUUUUGUAUUAGAUUUGAGACAGUUGAAAUGAACGUUUUAAAUAUGUUUUCAAUGUUAUGUCCAACAAAAAACCUUACCUUACAACUUAAUACUGGGAUCCAAUGGGGGACAAAUCCAACAAUCCUGGAUCCACCCAAAACUCCAGCUGAAAUGAAUAUGAUGUUUAAUCCAUCUGUGUAAGCCAAAUCAUCGUGUAUAUCAUGAUGUUGGUGUGUUUGUAUAACCCUAACCCUAGCAAUACUGUCCAAAGGAAAGACACAGAGGAAAUGUCUUACAUUUUUUUAUUUAGACUGUUGGCAUUGUAGAAGUUGUCAGUGGUCUAAUUUUUUGAUGCAUCCCGUCUUCCUUUAGAGUGGAAGUGAAGUGAGGCCUGGAGGAAGUUGCCCCCCCCCCCCAAUCACCUCACUCAGAGUCUCAGCUCAGGGUUGUGUAAGCACGUUCCUGUCCAACCCCCUGACAAGCCCUCCCAUGUGUUCCUCUAAAACCCGGACCCCCUGCUGCUUCUCUCUCUCAGCAUUCAUGAAAACAAUAGGGUGAUGUCCUGGCAGCAUCAUCAUGCUUCAGUUGUUCUACAUGGCGUGUAUUUAGUUCUGUUUUGUAUUUUUGGAUUGACAGAUAGAGUUCUUCUGUGGUACUUUUAUUGUUUUCUUUUUUUCAAUAUGUAAAUGCUGUAAGAACAAAUGUAUAUAUUUGAUUUCAAAAGCCACGUGUUGGAUUUCAGUUUUUCUCUGUCUGAAGGUCUACGUGUUACAAAAGAUUCCGAUAAAAAAAACUGCUGUUUUGCUCUUUGCCCUCGGUACAGAACUGCCUGAUCACACUGAGUGUUUCAGAGACGUAGUGUUGACUGUGUUUUUCGACGUGGAAACUGUUACAUUUUGCUUGAUUAAAAAAAAAAAAAAAGU